CAACAAUUGACAAAAAGCACUUGGCAUCCUUGAAAAAUUGGCAAAAGUGGCAAAAAUGCAUCUCCAACAGUUUGGCAAACACAUUUGGCAAAUUGACACGCUUGGCAAAAUCAUGAGCCGCGCUCGCAGCUAUCCGCCGCGCGGACUCGCUUGGCAACGCGCGAUCUCUCUUCUUCUUUCCCUUUCCCGCGCGACAAGUGAAACUGUCCGUCGUCUGAAGGUCGCCGCGCCCUUCCUCCCAGAUCGCCGUCGUCUGAAGGUCCGUCGCGACCAGGUGCUCAUCUCGAUCUGAAGUUGUGCCCCGCCGCCGCCGCCGCCGUGUGAUCAGGUAUGCAUCGGUCUGUCGGGCCUCGUCCAUCGUCCAUUGUUUGGAUCCCGCCAGGGCCUCGUCCAUUGUCUAGGGUUCGCUAUAUCCAUCUGAUUGUUUCAUUCUACAUCACUCAGACACAUCGAUCCUACUAGUAUAUAUACAUGACAGAUCAGUUCAGUUCACACGUACUGCAUACAUACAUAAUCAGUUCGAUGAGCCUUCAAGAGUGGUUUGUCUUUGUGCCUCCUUUUCUUGGAACAUUGGUCACCUAAUAAGCAGAUAAACUGCAUGUACGUGUUUCCUGUAGGGCGAUACAGCAUGUUCUCUGAAUCAGCGUGCUGGCAAAUCUACGUGUUGCCCAUGAGCGAAUUUUCAGUAACUUUAAUCUAGAUUAGUAUGACUUGACGCACUAUUCAGCACUUUCAGCCUAUUGAAUUGACUCUAAAUCUAUUAUGAGAAUAAGCACUUCAGACGAUUCAUCUGCAUCUGAUUGCCCCCAACCAUUCACGGUCUCCUGUAAUGAAGGCCAAACUUUAAUAUGACAAAAGAAGAAGCAGGUAAAGAACUUCUGUAAAUGACACGAACAGUCUGAAUGGCACCUCUGAAAAUUCAGAACAGAAGCUGGGAAAGAAUCUUGUAUAUAUUUCACGAUGUACUGCAUAUAUUAAUGCAUAUAUUUGCUGAUUCAUCGGAUGGUAUUGUUCAGUAAAGUUUGUGUAUAUAUAUUUUACGGUGUUCUCUCUUGAAUGGUCUUGUAUAUCUUAUUUCAGACUCAUUUAGAUGGAUCCACAAGGAGAAGAUUUCUUGUCGGGGAUUCUUCUGGAUGGAGAAGGUGACCAUGUUUCAGGUUUGGACGACCUUGUCAUUCCACUGACUCCACAGGAUACUCAGGCUAGCCCCGAGGUGGAAGUUGUUGCUUCUCGUGGUAACAAGGGAUCGAAGAGGGCCAAAAAUUUUAGUGUGGAGGAAGACGAAAUUGUUUGUGAAGGAUGGUUGGUCGCUAGCAAAGAUCCAAUUCACGGAGCCAACCAAAACCGUACUAGCUUUUGGGGUAAGGUUCAUGCUUACUUUUGGGAGCACAAUAAGGGUACAACUCCAAGGACAGAGAGUUCACUUCUGCAUAGAUGGCUCUCAAUUCAGACCGCAGUGAACAAGUUCACUUCGUGUUUGGAAGCGAUUGAACGUAGGAAUCAAAGUGGUACAACUAUACAAGACAGGAUCGCAGCUACCCUCAUGAUGUUCUCAGGAGUAGAAAAAAUGGAUGGGAAGAAGUGCAGCGUUGUGUCAUGUUACAACAUACUGAAGGAGGAGGACAAGUGGAAAAUCAAAAGGAAGGAACUUCUGCAGCUAGAGAAACAAGCAGCAUCAGGAAACAAAACCAAAAAAAAGUCCACCAAGGUGGCUCGGCCAAGGGAAGAGGAAGGAACCAACAACGGGCAAGCUGGCGAUGAUGAUGCUGCACAACCAAGUACAAGGAUUAGAUCAGAUGGGGUCAAGAAGGCUAAAGAAAAGCUAAGGCGAGGUGGUGGCGAAGCUUGCUUGGAGGCCAUUGAUAAGAUGUGGGCAAAGAAGGAGGCUGCGGACAUUGAAAAAGAGAAGGCUAAGAAUGAGAGGUUUAUGUUGUCUUUUGAGCUAGACAAGGAAGCACUAGAGCUAGAGAAACAAAGAGCUAGAGAAGCACUAGAGAUAGAGAAGACAAGAGCUGCUUCAGAGAAGACAAGAGCCGAAGCCGACUUGAUUAAGCAAGAGAAAGAAAUAAUGUUUGCGGACACUACCUCCCUUUCCACGAUUCAGCGUGAAUGGGUGGAGAUGAUGCAGAAAGAGAUUAUGGCUAAACGUCGUCCAAUUUAAAUUUAGUUAAAUUAUUUAAUAUCUACAACAUUUAGUUCAAAAUUUUCAUUCACCAGAACCUUUGUUUCGUGUAGUCUUAAAUUUAUUUCAGUACAACCUUUUGUUUGUAUGCAGAACCUUUGUUUAAUUAUUAUAUCUGAAUAUUUAAAUCAGCAGUUUGAUUUUA